ACUUACCUAACCGCACUAUUGAGGCUUCUAGGGUUUAGCUAUUCGAUAUAUAUGAUCUCAAAUGAGAUUUCUCUUCCUUCCAUUCUCGCCGCGUACUCUCUAGAAGAUACCCAAUCCUGAGACUGCAAAAGGAAACGAAUUUCGAACCCUUUUCACCAUGAGAGCUAAGUGGAAGAAGAAGCGUAUGAGGCGCUUGAAGAGGAAGAGAAGAAAGAUGAGGCAAAGAUCUAAGUAGCCUAAUGUUGCUUGAUGGGUACUUUUUUCUUUUUUUUUUGUUAAAGGAUUUGAGAUUUAUCUUUAUAAUUUUUAUGGUUUAGUUCUGUAUUUUUGUUGAACCCUUUUUUCAUCUACAUGAACAAUGUUAUGGAAUUUUCUUUUUAGAACUAAAUGCUUAUCUGUUUCGAUGUUAGCUUUGUGAUGGGUGUCUUUGUUAAGUGCUGCAAAUAUAGUUUAUUUUUUCUUUGUUUCACAAUGCGUAUGGUGAUUUUAGGGUAUGGUUCAGAAAAGGUCAUAUUCUUUUGAUAGGAAAAGCCUAGAAUCAAUUGAGCACCUAUAUUUAUUUAUUUAUGCCUAAAGAGGGAUUGAUGAAGAAAAGGUGGAUUAGUGGAUUCGAUUUUUGGGGUCUCCCCCAUUUGCUUGGGAUGAAUUCAAAUGACCUCGAGAAACAAACAAAUCAGUUUCUUGCCCCCAAUGGAAUGCAAUUAGUUUUGUAAAAUGAUGAAUGUUUUGAGGGACUUUGUAUCUAUUCUUUGCCUCAGCCUCUUGCUUGGUUGGAUGAUUAAUAAUUUUCAUCCAUUCAAUCAAUCAAUAGAGUUGAAUGUUGUAGGGGUCAUUGCUUUAUGCAUGUUAGUACUUGUGCCCUUUCGUUAAUGAUAACCUUCAGUUCAAUGAUUUGAUUGUUAAUUGCACUAGUGUGGGGAAUGGAAACAUUAAAGAAAAUAAUAAAAAUGUGCAUACAGAAUGAAACAGAAUAAAAAGUUCAAUUCAUUUCGACUUGAACUUUUGUUCUUGCUAAAAAGGAAAAUUUUGUUCGAAAUUACAAAUUCUAAGAAAUUCACUUGAAGAGCAGAGGAAUGCCAUUGGAUAAUAACAUGGACGUAAGAUUGAUAUAAUAGUCAACGCCCCAUUCCAUCACGUCCAACUCUAACCCCAAUAAGGGAGAAUUAGCGUCACCGCCGAUCGCCUAAAGAAAUUGCACGGCCGAUCCUCUGCUGUGCUUCUCCUCAAUUCCUUCCUCUUCCUCUUCAUCUUCCACUUUUAUCUUCAGCCACCCUCCAUUUCACCCCCCAAACACUUUAACUGCUUCUUACCAUGAACUCUCAUAACACCCACUCCUCCGUUGGCGGCGGCCGGGAAGAUUGUUGGAGCGAAGGAGCCACAGCUACGCUUAUCAAGGCAUGGGGUGACUGUUUUUCAAGACUUGACAGAGGUAAACUCCGUCAAAAUGACUUGCAAGAAGUCGCUGACCCCGUUAACUCCCGUCAAAACGGCGUUAAGCCUAAGAAAACCGACGUCUAGUGCAAGAACCGGCUGGGCACCUUGAAGAAAAAAUACAAGGUGGAAAGAACUAAACCGCUGCCUUCGAGAUGACCGUUUGUUAAUCGCAUGGAUUCUCUCAUUGGAAAGUCAAUGGAGAGUCAUCGGCAGUUGGAGGAUGUUGGAUUAUCCAAUGAAGCUAGUUUUAGUGAAUUAGCGAGAGCGGUUUUGAAAUUCAGAGAGAUCUAUGAGAGAAUCAAGAGCUGGAAGCAACACCAAAUGAUGGAACUCGAGAAACAGAGAAUUGAGUUCACUGAAGAUGUGGAGUAAAUGAGUCUGAUAAUCCAUGUGACUUAAUAUCUUCUUUUGUUUCAAGUAACUAAGAUGUAUCCAUCUAAUGAUCCAACCACAAAGAUGAAGUGAAAUUGCUGGCUUAAUGUGGAUAACAUGCAUCUUCUUGUACAUAAAUUAGUUGUUUAUGAGUUGUAGUAAUGAAAUCUUGUUUAUCUACCACUAGUUUUUUGGGGGGAGGGGUAUGCGUCGAUUUUCAUGCAAUUGUCUUGUGUGAGUUUUAAUUCAAUUUAGUAGGUGUAAUUAUGUGCUUUAGAUUGAAUUGUAUUAAUUCUUAGUUUGUACGUACUAUUUUUAAUUGUUCUUCCUUUUUGUCUCGAGCAUUCGUUUUUCAUGAGUACAUUUUAGAAGACUAUUCCUAUAGCACCAAAUAAUGUAGAAGUUAAAACAAUCACCAUUUCCUAUUCAAUUUCAUUUAAACUUUUACAUACGAUUCAUUCUUUGAUCUACUCUGUAAUGUUGGAUAAGUUCAGUUCGAAAAUCUUUAAACCAUACUGAAAUCCAAAUCAAACUGCACUCGCAAAUUAACAUUUCAGGAAUAUAUGGUCAUAAUUCUCUAUAUCAAGAAGACAUCGAUCAUCAAUAGUAGUAACUCUCCUUUGCAACUAUUUAUUCACCAACUUUUUAGGAUGCUUUUUCAUAUAGUUUUGGCUUAAAUAACAUGAACGGCUUCUUAACACAACAUUUCUUCACCACAGUUUCAUGAAGCAACCAUGUGAUGUGCCAGGCUUGUCUUGCUAAUAAAGCUUCGUUCAUUCGGUGAGCUUGUCUAAAACCUAGCCCUCCCAUGUCCUUGGGUAAGCAAAUAUCACUCUAUUUAUCCAAGUACAUCUUCCUCUUUCUUAAAUUUGAUCCCCACUAGAAAUCUCCUACUAUUCCAUCUAUCUUACCGCAAAUGUUGGCCAAAGCUUUAAAGUAGGCCAUGGGUUACACAUAUGAGCUAGAGUCUUUGAGUUAAUUAGUGUUUGCCCACCCUUGACCCCAAGGGAUUGUGCUUCCAACUUGCUAACUUGUUUUCCAACUUAUCAAUCAUUGUUUUGGAAAAACUUAGAAUCCCAAAUACUUUCCUGGCUUAUCAUAAUUAAGCUUGAUAUAAUAAUUUAUCAUAUUUUAAAGUAUUUUUUUAUUUAUAUAAUGUUUAAAAAUUGGGUUUUUUUAUACAAUACAAGAUCAAACUCAUUCACAUACCCACACACACUACUCUACCACAUAGGUGAACCUGUGGAUCAAAUCCUAGUUUCAAGCCUAGAUAAACUCACUUCAACCAAUAGCCCUAAACUCUAAAUUCUAAAAUUUUAUUUGCAUGUACAAGAAAAUAAUAUAUAUUAUUCUAAAUAUGAAAAUAAUGUUGAAAAAUAUUAGUAAACUUAAAACGAUAUCUCGAAACACACCAAUAAUGAUAUAUAUCAGUAUCAAAAUUAAAAAAUAUAUAUUUUAAGAUAGGAGGGGAUAUCAUAUGACUUGAGAGUAAUAAUUCAUAGGCCAAAGCUUGUGAACAAGAGCAUGUGAUGCUUGUUUGAUUUGGCAGGAGAGUUAUCCGAAAUGAAGCCACCACUCUGCCCUACAU